CAGAUCACCGCACAGCACCUCCGCACCACCCAGGCUUCUGCCAGCUUAACAUAAGUAUGCGCUGUCUGCCAUAUAUACGAGCUACACAGAAAACCAUAAAGCGAUCAGCUACUCACACAAAGUGUACUCUCUUUCAGGUUGAUAAAUCACGUCUUUUACCGUGUGGCGACGAUAUUAUAGAGCGUAAUCGGUCGGAGCAACUCGCGUUCCCUGUUUGUGACCUCACGGUUUUUUAUUUGUUGUCCUCCUGGCGGCGUGACUGCUCAUUGGCUAACACAAUGCAAACACAGUGUACGUUACACGGAAGUGGCGGGCACUAACAAUAUACGUCAUGUGUCAAAAUUUGUAAUAAAAUUCUGAUACUCAGAGAAUAAAACUACCUUUUAUCACCCAUUAUCGGAGCCAUAAGUCGACAGCCUGGUUGCAAAAAAAAAAAACAAAACAAAACAAAAAAAAUCCCAAACUAAGGUUGUGUGAGGUUAGAGAUGACGGAGCCCGCCGUGUCCUUCAGCCGCUGCGCUGAGGAUGCCGCAAGGAAGCAUAUAUGUGGCAGUUAGCCCGAGCUAGCGCCCAGCUCAUUUCAUUUCCCAUCUCCUGCUUGGUGUGUAUGAAUUUAGCGAGGCAGUGACAGUGGUGGGUGGUGAUAAGUGAGGGCCCCAACCAGCCAACCAGAGUACGUCCAGUGUUUAGCUGCUUCUCAGGUAGGGUGUGAACAGGGGGCAGGGCCACCCGCAAGGUAGGAGGGAUGCCCGUGGAGGGCGGAAGCAGCAGCGGCUCUGCUUCAGCUGUCCGUCACCCCAAGCAGAAGCGCAAGGCUCACAGUUUGUCUAUCAGGCGCACCAACAGCACAGAGGAGAGGCCGGGAGGCAUCCAGAGAGGAGACAUGCUGGAUGGACAGGACUCCAAGCUGCCCCUCGCUUUGCGGAACAAUCUCCUCGAUCUGUUUGGGCAGAUCGAGCGGGAGUUUGAGAAUCUCUACACUGAAAACCUUGAACUACGUCGGGAAAUUGAAUCGCUGAAUGAGCGACUGACCGGAGAUGGACAGACCGUUGAGGGAGGAGACCCCACCAAGGGAGCCUUGAAAACAAAAGCCAGCCACAGCACCAGUCAACUGUCACAGAAGCUGAAGACGACCUACAAAGCCUCUACCAGCAAGAUUGUGUCCAGUUUCAAAGCCACCGCCGGCUCCAGGGCGCUGUGCCAGCUGCUCAAGGAGUAUGUGGGCCAUCGGGAUGGGAUCUGGGACCUCAGUGUCACCCGAACUCAGCCUGUGGUGCUGGGCACUGCCUCUGCAGACCACUCAGCCCUGCUGUGGAGUAUAGAGACUGGCAAAUGUCUGCUGAGGUAUGCCGGCCAUGCAGGAUCAGUGAACUCCAUCAAGUUCCACCCCACAGAGCAGAUGGCACUCACAGCCUCUGGGGACCAGACGGCUCACAUCUGGCGCUACAUGGUGCAGCUUCCUGCCCCACAGCCACCACCAGAUGUCAGUGCUCCAUGCGAUGACGACCAGGACUCAUCAGACAGAGAGGAAGGUGAGGUGGAUGGCGAGGGCCCUUGUGAGGUCCCCACGGUGCGGGUUGCUACAGGAACCCUCAAGAGCCACCAGGGCGUCGUGAUAGCAGCUGAUUGGCUAGUGGGAGGCCGACAAGUGGUGACAGCUUCCUGGGAUCGUGCUGCCAAUCUGUAUGAGGUUGAGACUUCUGAACUGGUUCACACACUCACUGGCCAUGACCAGGAGUUGACUCACUGCUGUACCCACCCAACCCAGCGUCUGGUGGUCACUUCAUCCAGAGACACCACCUUCAGACUGUGGGACUUCAGAGACCCGUCCAUCCACUCUGUCAACGUCUUCCAGGGACACACUGACACGGUGACAUCCGCAGUGUUCACGGCGGGCGACAAUGUGGUUUCAGGGAGCGACGACCGCACCGUCAAGGUGUGGGACCUGAAGAACAUGAGGUCGCCUAUAGCAACCAUCCGCACCGACUCAGCUGUGAACAGGAUAAGCGUCUCUGCUAACCAGAAGAUCAUUGCUCUGCCACACGACAAUCGACAAGUGCGGCUGUUCGACAUGAGCGGCGUGAGGCUGGCCAGGCUUCCACGCAGCAACAGAAUGGGUCACAGGCGGAUGGUGUGCUGUACAGCGUGGAAUGAAGAAAACCAGUCGUGCAACCUGUUCACAUGCGGCUUCGACCGGCAGGCCAUCGGCUGGAACAUUAACAUCCCCGCGCUGCUGCUGGAGAAGUGAUCUGAGUCCCACCGCGUGCGCACAGCGCUGCAGCGCGCUUCAACACUGUAACCUGUGGCCUCACACGUGCACGUUUACCCUGUGAAACGUUUUAGUUGUCAUGUAAUUCACAAUGAGCUAUAAGGUAAAACAAUAAUUUGCGGAGCACAUACUCCUCAUUCAUUCUGACGUGAAACCCUUCAGUGGCUUUUUAGAACAUCUCCAUCUCAGCGUGUGUGUGCGUGCAUGUACGAGGCCACAAAACUGAUCUUGUGCGUUCGACCCUUCACUUAUUUAGCAUGGAUUGUGAAUCGUGACGUGGCUCGGCCGAUCUGUCCCACCCCCGGCCUUCUCUAUAUAUUUGACCCGGCUGCCGCGGGCUGCUCCUCACACCACUGUUGUUUAGUUACUGCUGAAUUGUUGCUCUUGCAUGUAGAUAAACUCAGUUUGCAAAUGUUACUUGUAAAGUCCCAAGAGAAUAAUUAUGAUGACAGUUUGUAGAAUACAAUGUGUAAAUAAUAUAUUGUGGCCUGUUUAAAGUGACCUGUGUUGCAGGUAAUGUGUCUUACAGUGUGGCAGAGACAGUUUUUUGUUUUUUUUUUUUAAAUCCUUUCGGUCAAAUAUUUGGAAUAUUUCUUAUCAUGGAAACAUAUCACAUAUCGCUGCCAUAUCACCGGUGCAGCGAGCGGGCUGCCGGGCCAGUCAGUCGUCUUAAAAUGCUUCAAACAGCAUCCGAGGUGUUGUUGGGAAAUUUGACAGAUUGAGAUUUGCUCCCUUGCCUAUUACCUUAGAUGCUUUCAUUUCACAGCCAGCCUCCAUAUUUCCAGAUAUAGCUGAAACCUUAAGUCUGCCUUGUUCCAUGUUUACAGUGGAUUUUUUUUUUAACAUGUUGCUUUUUUCUGCCUUUCCGUCAGGAUGUAAAGUGUCAAGAGCAUAGCAAUAAUGAGUCUGUGAAUGGGAUGUGUUCUGCAUCAUCAUAAUCCAGUGUGCUGCUGGUCUGUGUAUCCAUAAGCUGAAUAUAGUCAUCCUCUUUAGCUUGUUGCCAACUCCGCGCCCUGUGUUGCUGUAAUGUGUGAUCCUUAAGUGAACUUGUCGGGUCUUUUCUGUGCUUCAGUAGCACGCACACUCGCAGUGUGUGUUGAACCUUUAGUCUUGUAUAACUUCCUGCACCUUUGUUGCUGACAGCGCUUUUAAUCUCCAUGAGAUUUUUUUUUUUAUCCCAAAACAGAAGCAAUAACCCAGGUGACUUUUCUGGUGCUCGGAGUGAAGCCCGAGCCCUUUUUCCCCCCUCAUUUUUAAAUCGGAUACUAUAACUUGAAAUACACACUGAAUCUCAGUUUGAGUUCAAACUCGUCCGAAUACAGGCUUAAACUGGACUCCAGGAAGCUCCAGUUGAAAACAUUGCUGUAGUUUUUGACCUUCGGACGUUUAAUCUACUUCAGUGCUGUAAAACCCAUACAAAUGACUUUAUGUACUUGUGUGACUGCUGUAGCUGUAGCUCAGUGUAUGAAGCCAACUUGCUCUAAUAGCUGGUCUCAGACUUCACUGCUGUUUCUACCCGCAGUACAAACGGGAUUCAUUUUGAAGUUGCAUGAACCUAAAAGUGUGAUGAUCUUAUUAAAAUGCCUUACAUUGCAUUAAAAACGGUGCACGGGCCUUAUCCAUCAGAGCAUCAGUGCACUUUUUCAAAUGCUUGUUAAAGAACUAAUUGUGUUCCCCGGCAUAGCAAAGAUAUGAUUUUUAUUCCUGUUUCAUUCAGGGAACUCAAUCUGGCGCCCACCGGUAUCAAUGUCAUUUUAAUCUGCAGGUAGAACAGCCAAGUCCGAUUCGUGCCCCGCUUAUGAAUUUCAACCUGGAGGAAAUAUGAUUUUGGAUUGAUACAUUAAAUUAUUGCGUGCCAGACUGUAGGGGUAAAAAAAAAAAAGAAAAAGAGUGGAUAGGCUUUGCUUCACUGCGGCGAAUCAUAUUCACCUCAAACUUCAUUAUGUGAUCUACUUUGCAUACUUUAUUGUGACGGGUACGUGCUCUCUUGACACUUUCCAAUAAAAUGUGUGAUUUCCUUUUCCA